GAGCACGUAAACACGCUGAUGUCGUCGUGAGGCCUCGGUCACUGACGUAGCGUCCCCACCACGCCCCCGGCGAGUGGCAUUAACCGACCGGAGGCGGAGGGACUUGGGGAGGCGCGCGCGUACAGCAAGCAAAGUAGACCGACCGCGCCGGCGCUCGUAGUCGUAGCCGCGGCCUCCUGCUCGACUUCGACUACCUCGGGGGCCGAGCUCCAGCCCCGCUGGGAGGAGCGGAGCGCCGGAACGCAAGGCGAUGCCCUUCUGGUGGCCGGGGAGGAGGUCCUCCAGGCCGAGCUCCAAGCGCAAGGACGGCCACUCCGCCUCGGCUUGCUGCUCGCCGCGCCACUCCGUCGACGCCGUCUCCCCUACCGCCUACGCGCCCGCCGGCGCGUCGCCGUCGGACCAGUGGGAGUGGGCCUGGGCGCGCGGCCUCGUCACCCCGGCGCCGCGGCGGGGCGACGGCGCCGCCUCUACCUCGCCAUGCGGCGGCGGCGCCGGCUCGGGGCCGGGCAGAGCGGCCGCCGGCCGGGGCUUGCCGCUCCCCCGGCCCGUGUACCGUUCCGCGCCGCAGCUGCUGGCGCCCUCCUCCCACGCGAUUGAUGCGCCUUCCGCGGCGGCGGCGCGCGGGGGCUCGCCGGUGUCGAGCGGGAGCUCGUCGGAGUCAGACGAGGCGGCGGACAACCGAAAUCACAGGUAUACAAAUUCAACUAUCCAUCCUGGAGCAAGAACCAUGCCACUUGAUGAACAUAAGUGCACGAUGGAAGAUAAACACCUUGUUUCACGUAGUGCUCCACGUGAGCACCAUAAAUUUUUUGAUGUGCCUGUCACCAAUGGCAGAAAAGUGCAUUUGAAUAACCUUGAAGCUUCAACGAGUGGGGUCUCAUCGCAUAGUAGAAGUUUUCAUAAGGAUACACGUCGUGCGAGAACAAGGAGUCUUUCCCCAAGAAAGCAUGCUUUUGCUUCCAGUUAUGCAAGUCCAGGAGAUCAUGGGUGUAGUCCAAGGUCAACAUUUAAGAGGAUGGAUGAUCUGAAGGGCAAGUCUCAACCCUUGCCUCGUCCACCAGCACCUAUUAGUACCUGCCCCAUUCCUUCAUCUCUCACUGCUUCCACUCAAUCCCAGUCAGAGUGGAAAAGGGGGAAGCUGCUAGGUAGUGGCACAUUUGGUCAGGUUUACCUUGGAUUCAACAGUGAAAGUGGGAAGUUUUGCGCAAUAAAGGAGGUACAAGUUAUUUUGGAUGAUUCAAAGUCAAAAGAACGGCUCAGACAACUGAAUCAGGAAGUAGAUAUUCUUAGACAACUCUCACACCAAAACAUUGUGCAAUACUACGGAAGUGAACUGACUGAUGAUGCACUCUCCAUCUAUCUUGAAUAUGUUUCUGGAGGUUCGAUCCAUAAAUUACUUAGAGAUUAUGGUCCUUUUAAAGAACCUGUGAUUCGUAACUAUACUCGGCAGAUUCUUUCUGGACUUGCCUACUUGCAUGGUAGGAAAACUGUGCACAGAGACAUAAAAGGAGCAAACAUACUUGUUGGCCCAAAUGGAGAAGUCAAACUUGCUGAUUUUGGAAUGGCUAAACAUAUAAUAUCUUAUGCUGAAAUACACUCGUUUAGAGGAAGCCCAUACUGGAUGGCUCCUGAGGUCAUAAUGAAUAAAAAUGGGUACAGUCUUGAAGUUGAUAUCUGGAGCCUUGGGUGCACAGUUAUUGAAAUGGGAACUGGGAGGCAUCCUUGGCAUCCACAUGAAGAUGUACCUGCAAUGUUUAAGAUAGUUAACACUAAAGAUAUACCAGAAAUUCCAGAGGGUUUCUCUAAAGAAGGGAAAGAUUUCCUGAGUUUGUGCUUGAAGCGUGAUCCUUCACAGCGCCCCUCUGCAACUCAGUUGCUGGGUCACCCUUUUGUUCAAGACCAUCAAGCAGUAAGAGUGACCAAAUGCAAUAUUACUCAGUUGAGAAAUGGGCUAUCUUUACCUGCAGAGGCAUAUCAUAAAAAGUCCAUCAAAGAACCUUCAUUGAAGAGAAGCAUUGCUCCUUUGCAAGGCAUUGGAGGAUUAAGAGCGCGAGGCUUCACAGGGGUUUCAUCAGCAUAUCCUUCGCCCAACAAGACCUCCAGCCGUAUUGAUGUGAGAGCUAACAUGUCUCUCCCAGUGUCACCAUGCUCAAGCCCGUUACGACGGGUGAAGCAAUCAAACUGGAGCUGCGUUGCUUCCCCAUCGCACCCCGCAUUCUCCUCAGGAUCUGCAGCCUACAACCCAGUCAGUUACAUGCAGAACCAGAUGAGAGGAAGCGACCCAGUUCCAGAUCCUUGGCGCGACAUCGGCCAGAGACCACAAAGCCCAUACGGCUCCCCAAAGAGAUUCUGAUCCUCAUCUGUAGAGUUGUUGGAGACUAGGAUUUGUCGAUAUUUUUGCCGACAAAGUCAGGGAUCCGGUUGAUGUUUGUGCCCUUAAGUCCUUUGUGUUUAGGAGGAUUCUUGAUUCCUCAUGAUCUGAUCUGUGAUUCCUCAUGAUCUGAUCUGUUGUAUAGAUGAAAAGGAAGGUGUGAGUGUGACUGAUGAUUGUUAACUGUAUGCAGGUGUUGUAAAUGGUCAUUGUACAUGCUGUAGAUUUAGAAGAACAUGUAGCGAUGCUGGGGAUUGUUUGUGUUUGUUGUUUAUACAAAGUAGUCACAAAGAGAUACACUCCACUUGCAUGUU